AUGAGCCUUCUCCUCCACGGGCUUGCACUAAUUGCAGUCCAUUAUUUGGCGAUAGUCUAUUUCGGUGUCCAAAUGAGUCGGCAUAUGAAGCAAAAACUUCAAAACUUCUCAGCAACCUAUCAACGACUUCAACAACAAUUUUUUCGAGCUCUAAUUGUUCAAACGUUGGCUCCGACAUUUCUUUAUGUCCUGCCAGCUGGGCCUGUGCUCCUUGCUCCAUUAUUAUCACCGUUGCUCGGUUUCAAUAUUAGUAUGCAGACUGGUUUGGUUUGCACUGUAUUUACACUUUACUCGCCAUUUGAUAGUAUAGCGUUUAUGGUUAUUGUUUCAGAGUAUCGGAAAAUAAUUCAAAAGCAGCUUACUAGAACUUACCCAGUUCCCCAUCAAUCAUCGACGGGAAAUAUUGCUCUGCAAAAAAGAGUGAAGGUUGUCCAAGAAAACUGA